AUGGCCAGGCUGGAUCUCAGCAUGGAGAGUGGGGAUCCUCUGGUACAGGGAGACAGGGAACUACUCAUGGACAGUCAGGACACCCCGGCAUACAUGGGCAGGCAGGUCAUGGCCAUUCCUCACAGUCAGGAUCUCACAGUGGUGGAAUCAGGGGAUCUAGUCACAGGGAGUCCAGUGGCAGUGAAUGGCAUUCCGGAGGCUCACAGGGACACCCAGGGUCCAGUCGUGGCCAGGCUGGAUCUCAGCAUGGAGAGUGGGGAUCCUCUGGUACAGGGAGACAGGGAACUACUCAUGGACAGUCAGGACACCCCGGCAUACAUGGGCAGGCAGGUCAUGGCCAUUCCUCACAGUCAGGAUCUCACAGUGGUGGAAUCAGGGGAUCUAGUCACAGGGAGUCCAGUGGCAGUGAAUGGCAUUCCGGAGGCUCACAGGGACACCCAGGGUCCAGUCGUGGCCAGGCUGGAUCUCAGCAUGGAGAGUGGGGAUCCUCUGGUACAGGGAGACAGGGAACUACUCAUGGACAGUCAGGACACCCCGGCAUACAUGGGCAGGCAGGUCAUGGCCAUUCCUCACAGUCAGGAUCUCACAGUGGUGGAAUCAGGGGAUCUAGUCACAGGGAGUCCAGUGGCAGUGAAUGGCAUUCCGGAGGCUCACAGGGACACCCAGGGUCCAGUCAUGGCCAGUCAGGACACCCCGGCAUACAUGGGCAGGCAGGUCAUGGCCAUUCCUCACAGUCAGGAUCUCACAGUGGUGGAAGAAGGGGAUCUAGUCACAGUGAGUCCAGUGGCAGUGAAUGGCAUUCCGGAGGCUCACAGGGACACCCAGGGUCCAGUCAUGGCCAGGGAACUACUCAUGGACAGUCAGGAAAGGCAGGUGGAAGACAAAGUCAUGGAUCAAGUCAAAGAUGGAAACACGGUAGCUAUGGAAAUGCAGGAUAUGACUAUGGGCAAUCUGGGUACGGACCUUCAGGGGGUAGUCGAAAAAGCAGUCACAAUUCAGGCCCUGUUUGGCCAAGGAACAGAACUGAAAAUAAGCAAGUGUCAGUUCACAGCCAGUCAGAAUCUAGUUCAAUUUUUAGGCAGGGUUCCCAUAAUAAUAGUAAAGUGCGUUCAGAAGAUUGGGAGAAACCAAUUAAUAAACAAUCAGGAUCUAGACAUAGACAGUCAGACUUCAAUACAAUUGAUAUACAUGGAUCCAGUCAACAGCAUUUCGGAGAUACAUCUUCUCAAGAUCAGGUAGAAUCCAGCAUAACUUUUGCAAGACAGGGAUCAAGUCAUGGACAAUCC